AUGGCAGACUCUCUGCCACUGACUGAACGAUGUGGCCAAUCAAAAUUGCGUCAAUUCCUCACAGAAGAGAUUCGUGAAGAUCUCCUCCUUGAAUGUGAGCUUUUGCUUCUCUCCUUUGCAACCGGUAUCCAAGAUGCCGCUGCUUGGCCCGAUUAUAGUUGCUUCGCAUCGAACCAGACUGGAAAUACAUUGUUUCUAGCCAUCGGUGUUGCAGGACUCACGAACAAUGCGUACAGCUUUCCAAACAUCGGGGUCAGUCUCAGUCUCUUUGUGGCAGGUGGUUUCACCAUGGGACAACUCGGGAACUAUGUUGGUGUCCGACGGCGGAUUUGGCUUCUCAUCAGCAACCUUGUCCAGACGUCUUUGGUCUUUGCGGCAGUUGCCAUUCAGUACUCAUUCCCAAUUCAAAGGGACGGCCCCACGGCCAUGGCUGUUAUCGCCCUUCUGGCAUUCUCGUCGGGAGGUCAAGUGGCUAUGAGCCGUUCAUUGAAGAUCACUGAGAUCACCACGGCCAUGGCAACAGCUGCGUUUGUUGAUGUGGUUGUGGAUCCCAACUUGGGCAGAUUGAAGAAUCGAUUGCGUAACCGCCGAGUCAUGUUCCUGGUGAUGCUGACUGCCGGUUGCUUUGCCGGCGCCUUUGCUCAGCGUGAAGUCAGCUCGACAUUUCCUAUUUUGUUGUGUGCUGUUGGGAAAUCCAUAGUCACCAUGGGAUUCUUGUUUAACAGGCCGAUGGUGAUAGAGAGCUUGAAAGCUUAA